AUGAAGAGACACCGAUCAAAAUCGAAGAAUAGUCUUCCUCCACAAAUGGAUCCACCACUGCGAAGACUGUCUACUCCAGCGAAUGGCGCUUUGUUGAAAAACCGACGUCCUAACCCUAAACUCAAGACGGAGCUGAACAUCUUCAACAGCGAAUUCAAUCAGAUGAACCCAUACAUGCGAACUCCAUCAUAUCUUGAUAUUGAGUACCCACCAGUCAUUCCACCACCGAUUUCUCGCUCUUACUCAUCACCUACUGGCUCGUCAUGUUCUAGUGUGACAUACCCAUCGACUAAAAGCUCUCAAUCCCAAUUGAUCUCACCCGAUUCGGAUUACGAAACUGAUAAAAUGGAUGAAGAGCAAUUCACAUACCCAUCGACUCAAGGCUCUGAAUCCCAACUGGUCUCAGACGAUUUCCGUUUCGAAACGGUCAAACUGGAUGAAGAGCAGCUUGAGGUGGUGAGAGGUUAUAUGGCUGAUUGGGCAGUGGAAAAAGAUGGUAAGGUUUUCUCGGAAAUUAGAAUAAUCAGUUUCUCCAUUGCAGUUGGGUCAUAUGUUCAAAAAUGGAUGGAUUAUAAUGCAAGUUUGGGAUACUGA